CGUCGCUCUCCUUUUACCUCUCAUCUUCUGAAAUCUUGGAAUUUUGGAUCCAGUCGCUCCGAACACGAAAUCACAUUGUGCUACCUGCUUAAUCUCCUCUUCUUUUUCAUUCACUCAGUCAGUGGGAGGUGGCUUUCUUUGUUCAACAAUAUUUCUAUUGUGUCUUCGUUAUCCGGACACCGAGAGGCGCAGGCCUGAUGCCAACCUGUUAAUACUGCCCACCACCCUUUUAGAGGUCACCACCUCAUCCUUAAUACACUUUAUUCCUACAGCUGCCUGGAGCAUUGUAUCACACCGAUCUGAGCCUUGUUCUUCAUCGACCGCUCCGCCGGACACGUCCAACAUGGCGGGUGGCUCAGGAAGGAUAGUCAGGUAUCUGGUGGUUGCGUUGGUCUGUGUCACCAUCUUUUACUUUGUUUCUACCUCCUCGUUAUCUUCAUACGCGCAACCUCUUGCCGAGCAAGCUGCUGGGAAAUUCUCAUGGGAUAAGCCGAGCACUCCAUCGAACAAAGACACCUCUAAGACCGAUUACGAUGCGAUCGCUGAUGCCUUCCAUUCCAAACCAUCCGAUGCUACCAACAAGGAACCAGAUACCAAACCUCUAGGAUCCACGACGCCUAAUAUCACCCCGCUCACUCCCUCAGAGCUGUCUCCGCCCGCCCCCGGCGAACGUGUCAAUGCCACCUUUGUCACGCUCGCAAGAAAUACUGACAUCUGGGAAAUUGCUCGCUCAAUAAGACAAAUUGAAGACAGAUUCAACAGGAACUACAACUACGACUGGGUUUUCUUGAACGACAAGCCGUUUGAUGAUACGUUCAAGAAAGUGACCACCUCCCUGGUCUCGGGGAAAACACACUAUGGAGAGAUUCCAGUCGAACACUGGUCAUUCCCAUCCUGGAUCGACCAGAAGAAAGCAGAAGCCGUCAGAGAAGAUAUGCGCCGAAGAAAGAUCAUUUACGGCGAUUCAGUCAGCUACCGACACAUGUGCAGAUUCGAGUCUGGCUUCUUCUUCCGUCAUCCACUGCUCAAGCAAUUUGAGUAUUACUGGAGAGUUGAACCAAGCGUCGAACUCUACUGCGACGUACACUAUGACCCAUUCCGAUACAUGAAGGAUAACAAGAAAAAGUACAGCUUUGUUCUGAGUUUGUACGAAUAUGUCGAGACAAUUCCAACUCUGUGGGACAGCACCAAAAAGUUCAUCAAAGCACAUCCAGAGCACAUUGCAGCAGACAACUCCAUGCCCUUCCUCAGUGACGACGGUGGCGAGACCUACAACAAAUGUCAUUUCUGGUCCAAUUUUGAAAUCGGCAACCUUGACUGGCUUCGGUCAAAAGCUUACAUCGAUUUCUUCGAAUCCCUCGACAAGGACGGUGGAUUUUUCUACGAGAGAUGGGGUGAUGCUCCAGUGCAUUCGAUUGCGGCUGGUCUCCUUCUCAACAAGGACGAAAUCCAUUUCUUCAAUGACAUCGCUUACUACCACAUUCCUUUCACGCACUGCCCGACAGGUGAAGAUCUCCGCCUCAAGUUACGUUGUCACUGCAACCCCAGCGACAACUUUGACUGGAAGGGAUAUUCAUGUACAUCACGUUUCUUCGACUUGAACAAGCUAGCCAAACCAGAAGGCUGGAUGGAUCAAGUCUGACUAGCCGACGCCAACAGCAGAUUGAGCGUCAGUCUGACCGGAGCGAUCUGGCAGUACGCAUUUAUCUCUUUCUUCGUCAGCCUGAUCAUUCUCUUGACCUUGCUGAAGAUUCCGAGGACGAGACGGAGAUUGCUAGCUGCUGCCGAACGAUUGGCCGAAUGGCAUGAGAAGGGAACUCGAAACACUGAUGAUUAAGUCAGACAAAUCGGUUUCUCCCCUGACGAAGUUGAAGCUUGUGAGAGUCAUUUGGACAGUGUUCAUGGCCAGGGACAAAGCCGCCUGGAUUGUUUGGAGCAAGAUUUUUUGCAACCAGGGUAGCCAAAGUCGGGGACCAUAGAACGACUUCGACACCGAACUGUUUUUUUUCUUGGUUUGUAACAACGUUACGACAAAUGGAGAGACCUAGGACAAAUCAUUCGUUCUUGUCCUCAUUGGCACAUCGGUUGGAGGAACGGACCCCCUCUACUCGGUCGACACUGACGAGCGCUAAUCUCACGAACUUGCUUUGCGUUGCAUUGCGUGGUAUGAAUUGAAAUGAAGCGGCGUUUGGACAGGACAAAAAGAGAACCAAAAAAAGACUUUCUGACUAGUCAGGGCUUUUGCCCUCUCUUCCUGAGCACACCUUUGAAGCUGCCAGCCUAUAUUGAGGAGGAUUUCUUUUACUCCAUUAAUGAGGCGUAAUGUACAACAGGUCCGGGUAUAUUUUACAUAGACACCAUAACCUUAACACGCAUGGUUUGCAAAA